AUGGAAAGUCUAAUUCUUGGCGAUAUGAAGAAGGCGACGAAACUAGCUAUCGUGAAACAAAAUCAUCUACAGAGAUCAAUGUACUGUGCCCUUAUAUGCUUCAUACUUGGGAUAUUGUGUAUCAAUAUGUUUAUAUUGACCCAAGGUCCACUUGACAUCAAUCAACAUAUGUCCAUUGAACAUGAAGCCCAUAGUGUGUUGAGGAGGGGAAAGGCGAGCUCAAGCAAGAAACGCAAGAGCUUGCCAUCACGAAGGAGUUGGCGAGCUCGCUCGGCCUCUUGGCCGAAAAAACUGAAGAAUUGGGCUAGUGUUGAUGACCAAGAUUUAUUCCUUAGGCAACUUCUUUUGAAACAAAAGGAAUACAUCUUAGAGAAUAAUGGGGUUUGUCAUAAUGAGUCAGAUCUUGUGAAGGCGCCGAGACUAUUCGAUGACAUUGCAAUUAAGUUGAUGCAAUAUUAUCAAGACGGGAAUGGUGACUACUACUAUCUAGACAUGUAUGGAAAAAUCUAUGAAGAUUGGUUCAAAGAGAAUGAUAAUACUCCAAAAGGCUAUGUUCCUUGGAAGGUUCUAUCUUCAUUUGUUCCACCUUCUACUGAUUCAGAUGCUUUACCUCCUAUUAUGAAGUCAUACUUGGAUGUAUGUGUUUACGUGAUCAUGUCAGAUACUCAAGUGAGAGAAGAGCGCCUGAUGGCUCGGCUUGAUGCAAACGUUGUUGAAGCAAUGGCAAUGGAAGAUUAUAUGAUGGCUCAGUUUGCAAGUAUCAAGGAUGCUUUCUUCGCACAAAAGGCUUCGAGCUUUAAUUUUGAUUUUGACGAUUUCAUUGCCCAUCCUGAUCCAUGUCCAUCCCACCUACAAUAG